GCACGGGUGUAUUAUCGAUGCGCAUCCAAGCAGCCGGGCGGCGGGGGCCACUGGACGGGCGCAAUGUGACGGGGGUCGGGAGAAAUUGGGACGCAGCCUCUACCACGCGGGAGGGAGGGUUUAACCAUUAACCACCAUUAACCAUUAAGGGAGCUGUGCAGAGCCGAGCCGGUACCCUACACAUAAAGGCGUGCGCACCGGCGUCCACGCCUCAGCCUUGAGCGCGUUGCCAGGAGGUGGAGGAUACAGUGAGACAUCCACACGGAGUCACUUGUGCUCCCACUGAUCAUCACUGCACUUGUUUCCCUCUGGAGCGCUGACACUGACAGGUGACUGUCCACUCUGGUUGGAGGUACUUUUCCGCAGUUGGUAAUUCAAUCCUCAUACUGCAGACCUUUAAAUAUCUCCUUUGAAAAACCUCCCAGCAGACACGUGGUGUAAGGUGAGACAUUCCAAGCCCCCGUGCACUGACCAGUCUGAUAUGAUCAGUGGACUGAGUACGACCAGCGCGUGCUUCAAUCUGGCUGUUGCAGACCCUCUGAUGCAGUUCGCUUUUCUUUAACUCGUUUUGAACUCUGAAUGGGAUUUCUGUGGUGAGUCCCCCCACCUUGCUUUUUUUUUUUCUUCCUUUCUCUUCUGUUUUGAAUCAGUAUGCCUUCUUUUUUUUGCCGGCCUACCCUGAGCACCUUGAAGUGAAUGGAGAACAUACUGGUCCAGCUCCCAAAGCACCGACAGGAACACGGGCUCUGCAGACGCACAGCUGCAUGUGCCUUGCCGCAGGUUUUUUCCUACAGGGCAGUCUUCUCGUGGUCUUCAAUAGCGACCCACACUCCCCGUCAGCCUCUUUAAUGGGAUAAAUCAAUUGGACUGAUCAGGUUCAAAACCAGAUCAGGUGGUCAAUUCCAUUCAGACUUCCCCGAAUUUGUUAGGCCAAGGCACGCUGACUUUUUCUUGUCAAGCCCACUGUCUUCUAAAGGCUUCCGCAUGGUACUUUGGUCGAAAGAACAAGAUAAACUCCCCGACAUCGACAUGUCCUCUGGGGCCAUUGAGGUGAAGAAGGAGGGAGGUCCCCUGACCCCGGCCUUCCUCAACUCCAACUGUUCCAUCCACCCGGUCAUCCUCACCAAGGGCCCUGAGGAGGAGAGCCCGGGGACCGGCGGUGAGUUCGAGCUCACCGAGGUCACGUCAUUGACAGAGAGGCCCGGCGAGACUGCGGAGGAUGAGGAGAGGUCGGAGAUCGUGGUGGCACUGGACUGCCGCGCCAAUGCCAAAGGUCAGCGGGAAGAGGACGCUCUCCUAGAGAACGCGAGCCAGAGCAACGAGAGCGACGACACCAGCACUGACCAGAGCCCCGAGCCACCCGUGCCCCUCAAGGAGACCUCCUUUUCCAUUGGUCUGCAGGUGGUUUUCCCCUUCCUGCUGGCCGGGUUCGGGACAGUGGCAGCGGGGAUGGUGCUAGACAUCGUCCAGCACUGGACGGUGUUUACGGAGGUGUCUGAGGUGUUCAUCCUGGUUCCAGCGCUGCUAGGGCUGAAGGGCAACUUGGAGAUGACGCUGGCCUCCAGACUUUCUACAGCGGCUAAUAUUGGUCAAAUGGACACAACCAAGGACAUGUGGAAGAUGAUCAUGGGGAACUUGGCCCUCAUCCAGGUCCAGGCCACGGUGGUAGGGUUCCUUGCCUCCAUAGCUGCGGUGAUCUUUGGCUGGAUCCCAGAGGGUCACUUCAGGCUGGGCCACGCGGUGCUGCUGUGCGCCUCCAGCGUAGCCACCGCCUUCAUCGCUUCUCUGCUGCUAGGUCUCAUCAUGAUCGGCGUGAUUGUCGCUUCCAGAAAGGUCGGCAUCAACCCUGACAACGUGGCCACGCCGAUCGCUGCUAGCCUGGGAGACCUGAUUACCCUCUCCCUGCUGGCAGGCAUCUCAACAGGACUCUACAAGGAGCUAGAUUACAACGACUACGCCAACCCGCUGGUGUGCGCAGUGUUUGUGGCGAUAUGCCCCCUAUGGGUGCUCAUAGCCAGGAAGAUCCCAUCCACCAGAGAAGUCCUCUACUCCGGGUGGGAGCCAGUCAUCAUUGCUAUGGCCAUCAGCAGUGUUGGAGGUCUGAUCCUCGACAAGACUGUCACCGACCCCAACUUUGCCGGAAUGGCCGUCUUCACACCAGUUAUCAACGGCGUGGGAGGCAACCUGGUGGCAGUUCAGGCCAGUCGAAUCUCCACCUAUCUCCACAUGAACGGUCUACCCAUGGGGGACCCCAACCCCACCCCCAGGAAGUGCCCCACACCCUGCACCUCCUUCUUAAGCUCCACUGUGAACUCUCGUUCAGCCCGUGUGCUCUUCCUCCUGGUCGCCCCGGGUCACCUCGUCUUCCUCUACACCAUCAACUCCCUGAGGGGGGGGCACACCACCCUGACACCCAUCUUCAUUAGCUUCUACCUGGCUGCUGCACUACUGCAGGUCAUCAUCCUCCUGUACCUGGCAGACUGGAUGGUCCACUGGAUGUGGGGUCGAGGCAUGGACCCCGACAACUUCUCCAUCCCCUACCUGACUGCCCUGGGUGACCUGCUGGGGACCGGCUUCCUCGCCCUCUGCUUCCACAUGCGCUGGUUCAUCGGAGACAGAGACAGUAACUUGGGCAACUAAACGCACUCACAGACAACACGCACAAAACAAAACAAACAAAACAAAAAAACUUCCACAUACUGUACGCUCGCACGCACGGACAGUGACGAAUAUCACCUGUACGCCGGGACACUAUCUGAAAGUGGACACCUAGAAUAAAAAGGGCUAAUCUCCUGUAGAGUUCCGAUUGGUGGUUUAGAGUACGUAGCGUUUUGUCUGCAGGAUAUCAGGACACUGUUGCGCCGAUGACACAGCAGCAGCCCAGAAAUCCAGACUGUAUCUUUGUUUCACCUACGGAGCAAUGGAAACCUACGUAUCUCCACCUCAACCACCCAACAAACCUCCAAGCUGUCAUGGUUUCAGCACCACAGACUCUACUACUCCUCCUCCUAUACUUUGCUUCGUAACCGAAUCCUGCUACUUUAUUAUGAUUGUCGGAAAAUAAUGCAUUUGAUAUGAAUCUAUAUCUGUUCUAUGUGCACGGCCAGUCCUCAUUAUUUUCAAUGGGGACCAUAGCCCUCCUGUUUUUUAAAGUCAGACUUUAACACUUGAAACCACAAUGGCAAAAGACAGCAAAAAAAAUCUAUCCAGUCGAGCCUAGAAUGCUUAAUCACCAAGUGCUUUGUCAUAUAUAUAUAUACAGAAUAAAUAUCACAUGAAGGCCAAUUUCUGACUUAGUCGAAUGCGUAGGCGAUUGCUUUGGCCUUGUAGGAAACAGGGUCGCGAGGGUUUACUAGGGGACUGGAUCACAAACAAAAUCUUUUCUGGUGCCACUUCCAUGAGCAGGUGGCUUAAUUUGAAUCUGCACAGAGGCAGGAAGUUCAACGCUGUAAUUCCCACUAUUGUUUUUCUAUUAUUAUCUCAUCAUCCACUACAAGAACGGACUUAACCUCUGAUUCUGUAAGUGGGCCAGAAUUGCCUCGUUAGUUCCUGUUAAUAAGGAUUGUGUGUUCACUCAGGCCUCAGAGCCCUCUGCUCAAAAUUACUACUAGAGUUUUGGGCCAAAUCUACUAAAUACGGCAGUCAUGAGAAGUCUUCACUGAGCGAGAUGAAGUCUGGCACAUCAAAAAAAUAAAUAAAUAAAUAAAACACUGGAAAAUGUGGAAUGUGUUUGGAAAAAGGCAGUCGGUGAGGUUAGCUGAGGGCUUAUUUGUUUGUGGGCUGUUCCGGCACCAGUCCCCUUGUCUGAAACCAUCUGCGAACUCUCUACCGGAGCAGCCGAGUUGUUGUCGUUCGUUGUGUUUCCCAAGCUGGGGUUACAGUAAGUGAAAAGAGGCUCAACACUGGAACAAAGCGACAGAGCUUAGCCAACUGAAAGUUGCCUCAGCCAGGAUGCGCUCACUCAGGAUCAGCUGGCAAAGUCUUAACACCAGAUAAAAGAUGACCUACUGGUGGAUAUUUGAAUUCGUUUAUGUCGCGUAGACCCCGUUAGCAACAUAGCAAUGACGCUCAAAGGCAUAUUUCGUGUAUUUUAGGUGUUGGGACUGAUCUGUAGAGGAGGAUUUAACAAAAGAUCAGUAGAGUUCUUCACGGUGUCCGGAGAGCCCAGUCACACCAGCACUAAAGGAGGCCCAGUACGCACCAGAUUAGCGAUAGCGUAAAAUAAAGACAACAGUUGUUUUUUAUUAGCUGUGUGGCGCUUCCCUCUUUAAUUAACCCUUCUGUUGAAAUGUAAACUGCUACAGUUUACUGUUAGUAGACCUUUAGGAGACAGAAAUGCACCCAUCUGUGUCCUGCUAGCGGCCACAGGGUGCCUAAGCUAAAGCUAGCUAUCGGUUAGCAUGCCUCUUUAGCUGCAGAGCAUUUCAGCACCUCUUAUCUAGCUGAAAUGUUAUUCAGUCCCGAUGACAAAAAGGGGACAGCGUGGAGAAAAACAAGAGUGUAUCUAUUGUGAGUGUCUAGUGCUAGCCUUUUUAUCCAGUUUGCUAACAUACACUCAGAGCUUGUGGGUAGAAAUGUAAUGAGUUUUGACAUCAUCGUCAAUUUUUACUGCUAACCAGACCAUCUUGGCAACGAUGACCGCCCACUGAACCGGUAGUCGAUGACCUAUUAGCAUUGCAAAUAUGAUUGCUUUGAUUUAACUCUCAAAUGCGCACACACAAAUUCAUGUUGCUGUCCCAGUUCCUGCUGUGACCGGGCUCUGUGGCAGAUUUUUUUUUUAUUAGUUUAUUAAAUUCUGUAAAAGUGUGUUGUUUUCCUCUCGUCACACAUAAAAAUGAUAAUAAUAAUAAUAAUAACAUUAAUAAUAAUCUAUCUAAUAAGUGAGGAACAUGACUUUUUGAAAGUUAAUAACGGGAUGAUUAAUUAAGGGGUGAAUUUGUAGUGCUACGUUGUUGUAAAUGCCCACACAUCCCCCAACGUCGGCCAUCAGGUGAAGCUGACUCUGUCUUUGAGGGCUUACAGAUGAGGAGGAGAAUGAAAAAGUACGUCAUGAGCCGUUCCGACAGACUGUACCAAGUGCAGACGUUAGCCUGGGAGAAAACUGCAUGUGACUUAUGGGCGCUUGUCUGUUUCAAAAGGGGGCCAAAGUGCAUGUGCGGGGCACAUAGUGUGAAUGUGCAAAACUUGAUUUCUCUUGCCUGUUUCAAUCUUUUGUUUUGCUCACUUUGUUUUUUUUUUUUUUUUUUUUUAAUUAAUUUAAAAUUGUGAUUCUACUUCAAUAUUCCUUUCCUCCUUUCCCCUUAUGUUUUUAACGCUUCAUUAUGAUUGUUUUGUGUCAUGAAACAACCACUGUAAAGCUCUAAAGAGGUUCAUCUCCGCUGGUCAAGAAAAAGCAAAGUACUGUAAUCCUCAAAACGGCCACCAGAGGGCGACGCAGAGACGAUCUUGACUGGACAGCCUCUCUGCGUGUGUCCUCACAAUUCAAGCCCUCAAACGCCAAGUGUCCAUUGUCAUCUUGGCUGCUUUUCUAUGCUGUUUAUUGUUAAAAAACAAAAACAAAGCAUCCAUCCGUCCACUCCCACUCUGUAUCCUCUCUUCUCUAACUGACCAGGUGCCAGCGUUCUGCCUCUACGUCAAUGGAAAGUUGUGAAUACUUCUACAAGGGGGCAAGAAAUGCUUUGUCUAUUUAUUUUUAGAAGCACACAGAGCAAAUUGUACAUACUAUAUUUAUUCUAUAUAUAAGGUUGUUUAUUUUGUCAUUUCAUUUUGGCUCUGUUUCUUUGUCACCAUGUUGUUGUCAGUUUCCUCUUCUCUCUCUCCUUUUUUUUUUUUUUUUGUUUUUUCCUUUUUCUUUUUGCAAAAGGCCAGUAAAGCUUUUUGGCGCUCUCCACGAUGAAAUGGUGGCGAGGCUAAUGACUAGCACAGUGCCUAAUACCAGUCUUCACACACCUCACACAUACAGUGUGCUGCCGUCUCGCGCGAGGCAAAGCACACUUACUGUAUAAGACAUAGAAAAAGGCCUUAACCUAUCAGAGCCGAGCUCGACUCAGAGUAACCAAUCAGGAGCCGGGCUCGCCACAGAGUAGCUCUCUUUAAUUAGCUUUGAUUAAUAAUUAAAAAAAGAAAAAAUGUGCAGUUUGUUGAUUACGAUGUGUAACGUGAUAGUGACUUUAUGUGACAUGACGGUGGGGACGACGGCUUGCAGCGUCAGUAACAAGCUUCGGUUCACACGAUUCUGCAAUUAUGAGGAUUUGAAAGCUGGAAACUUCACUUCAGGCUGCUUCACAGGGCAUCUGUGGAGUCUGGAAUCAUGUUAGAAAUAGUAUGCAAACCCACAAAUACACCAGAAAACCUAAAAAAAAAAAAGAAAUAAAAAAAGAUUCCAGAUGCUCCCGCUCUGCAUCUAACAAACAUAGCCAGCCUUUGAAAACCCUGUCGCCCGCCCACGGCCUCGUUAACCUCAGAGCUUCAAAUCCUCGAGCCCCCUGAACUCACAGGGAACCACGCUGACCCUCAGGCUGACAACAUCCACGUCAAGAUCAAGCCCUGGACUCUAAAAACGCCCCCAACAACGGUCUCUUGUCAGCUCUGACGCCUUUAAAGGAAGAGUGGACGUAAAAACACGUGUACCACACAUGUCUCACCGGGUCUGAGGUCUUUGCAUCCUCUGUGUGUUCUUCUUGUAAAAGCCCUCCUUCUGUGAGGCAGGAGGAAGGCUUUCUCCCUGCAGGACUUUGUACAUUGCUGGAAAUAAAGGACUAUAUUAUUUCAUACCAUC